UAGCAUUAGCCAGCUAGCGUCGCUUCUUACCGCUCUGUAUUGUUUAUUUUCCGCGUUUUCUCCUUUUUCUCCUGUGAAAUCACCGAAGUGCUCCGCCUACAGUCACUUCGCUCUACACCGAACAUUUACUGGGAUGGAGGGAGAUGAUGACAGGAUGAAGGAGCACCUGAGGCUUCAGCUCCAAAGCCUGCAGGAGCAACAGACACAGCGGCUUCAGAGGAAGCUGGAGAAGAACAGGCAGGCUGUGUUUGAGCCGCACAGAGACGAGGCAGCCUUUGAUCUCCAGGACGGCCUGAACCUCUCUGUUCACGACGGAGACUUAGUGGAGCAGUUCAGUGCGAGACUGCUGCAGAAUGAGAAUGAGCAGCUACUCGAGCAGUUGAGGGAGUUCAGGGACGAGAACGGCAGGCUCCAUAAGCUUCUAAGUGAGAAAGAGUUUGAGAUCAAACAUCUGAAGAAGAAGAGAGAGGAGGACAGACUGGCAUUAGUGGGCACGGCAGGCCUGGCGGGAGAUGCAGCGGCCACCAAGAUUGUGGAGCUGUCGAAAAAGAAUCGUGAACUGGCUGCUGAAAUCGAACGGGAGAAGACCAAAACAAAACAAAUGAGCAACAGAGUAAAAGAACUAGAAAAAGAGAUUCAGGGCACUUCUUUUCUCAGUUCUGGACUGAAGGCUGGUCAGACACAGGAACCGAGGAACUCUGAGGAGGAGGCCAGUCCGCUGGUGAAGUCCCUCCAGGAGAAGUUAUCCACUGCCCAGUUCAAGAUGAGCGAAUACCGCAACCAGAUACAAGCUGUCAAACAGGAGCUGAAGAUAGCCCACAAGGUUCUGAGCAGUGAGGUCGGGGAGGAUGUGAAUGUCCAGCAGCUGCUGAGUAAUCCGGGGAGCUGGAGAGGACGAGCUCAGCAGAUUCUGGCCCUCAGCAGCAGAGUGCGAGAUUUGGAACAGCAGCUGAGCUCCGCCUCCAGCAGGAGGCAGUCUGGAGACAUCAGCCUGGAGGAUAGCUUGCUGGGAGUCCACCAGAGGAAUCAGGACAAGAACCACAGCUACAUCCGCUCCAUGGAGAGAGAGAGGAAGGAGACAAUAGAGAAGCUAAGUGCAGAUUACGAGCUCCUGCUGAACGAACACUCAGACGUGAAGAAGAAGCUGGAGGCCAGCAAGGCCAGAAAUCGCGUCCUGAGCGCCGAGCUCAAAGCCCUGAAGACUCAGAUCACCACGCUACUCGACAAGGGAAAACAUGACGACGAGCUGGUGGACGCAUUACUGAAGCAGCAGGCUCAGCUGCAAGCCAUGUUGGGCCAGCUCAGCCAGAAGGAGAAGCUGCACCAAGAGGCCCAGCAGGGCCUGGGCACGCAGCUGCACUCAGAGGCCCAGCGCCACAGCUCCCUCGUCCAGCAGCUCAAGCAGAUGGUGUCGGAGAGGGAGGCCAAGGUCCAGCAACUGGAGCAGGAGAUCCAGCAGCUUGCCCUCAAGAAACAGGAGAGUGGGGAGACAGAGUCGAAGAGCAUGAGUAGCUCCGUCCCUCCACUGGUGAAGGAAGACACAGGAAGGAAGUCCAGUUCUGCCAGGUCUGUCUCAAAACUGGGACAUAAACUUGUUGAGUCUGCUCCAGCGCUGUCAUCUGGAAACAGCUCCGAUUUCAGAGAGUUGUCUGAUGCGCCUUGCUGCUCAGUGUGUGCUCCUAAGCUGGCCUCUCUGCAGGCUCAGUGCUCUGAGUAUAAGGCUCUAUACCAGGCUGCUAAUGUGGAGAGAGACAGGCUUCUGGAGCUGGCCAAGGUGCAGCAGAGGAGGGAAGAGGAGGCGAAGCAGAGGUGUCUGGAAGUCGAGCAGAAGCUUCGAGAAGAGCGGCGACGCUCUGUGACCCUGGAGCAGCAGCUGGAGAGGGCUAAGCUGGACUUAGAUAAAGGACCCAGUCUGAGAGCUAGCCGCAGCAGGACAGGUGCGUCGUACAGUGGCUUGAGUCUGCCUGAGAAACAGGAGGGCCUGUCGCCCAGAAAAGCCACAGAGCUGACGCGCGACGCCCAGCUGAGCGAACUCAGCACACAGCUGGCUGUCCAGCAGGAGGAGCUGGAGGCUUUGAGGACAUCUCUGAAAAGCGCUCUGCAGGCCAAGGAGGAGGACUUGCAGCUGUACAGCACCAUGAUGAGCCAGGUCAAACAGGUCUUCUUACAGGCCAUCAGGCAGCACAAACAGGGCUCAAACCCGGAGACCUAGCUCAGGACUCAACCUUAGGCUUCCUGCUGCUCUGCCUUUGGGACUUCGGCUUUGGUCCUGAGACUCAGGGGCCAGAUUUACGAAAGUGUCUUAAGAAAUAAGAUCCUCUUAAAUAUCUUUGUUUUAUCCUAUCUUAAGGCUUAAGAAAGAAGUUUAGAUGAAUUAUGUUUAGGUCUGUGCCCAGUGAUGGUUAAUCUUGUUACCAUAGUAACAGCCCCCAAUAAUGUCCCCUCUCUGGCAGCUGACGUCCUCCUCCCGCCGUCACUCGCAUCACUCGGCAGUGUUCGGGGGAUGGUUGCAUGGCACAACAAUGUUCUUUUAUCGCACCAAGAUUAAGCUUCAAUUCACACACCGUCACUGUGUUUGCUCAAUUGUCUGCUAUAGAGUUAGGAACUGUCACAAAAUUACCAGAAGAAAAAAGUGUUACUACUACUACUACAACUACUAUUACUACUACUAUAACUACUACUGCUACUACUACU